CCUAAGGCAAGUUCCCGGGUUCGAGCACCGUCCUUGGCCACAAAAUGCGCGAAUUGACUUUGCCACCCCCACCCCUUAAAAAUGGGGUAUGUGGCAAUUCUCUACCUGACCCGCUUCUGCUAUGAUUCCCCCCCCCCCUCACUUACCCCCCCUCCCCCCAGGCAGCCCAAUAAAUGAAAAGCUGUUCCCUCCCGCUUCGCACCGACUGGGGAAGGGGCGGUGACGAAGGAAAGGUGGGCCAAGGCAAACCAGCCUUUCGCUUUUGCCUGGAACUGAGCGCUUUUCGUGCCGUUUGUCUCCAGUCUCUUCCCGUUUCCCGCUGCUGCUGCUGCCGACGCCGACGCUACCAAUACUGUACCCCUCUCCGGACCCGGCGGACUGACACGGCUGAGGCGGCCUUUCUCGUUUUUCCUCCCCGACCGCGGCCCGCCCACCUGCCACCGCGCCCUCGGAGCGUCUUCGGCAUGGACCGCGCGCGGCGGCGGCGACGGCGGGAGGCCGAAGCAGCAACCUUGAUUGUCUAUUACCUCCCUGGAUAAUUCUAAUUUAUGGCACAUGAACAUACAAGCUUUUCCAGUUUGGGUGACUCACAUAAUAGAAAAGGCAAAUGGACAACUGGAAAAUUGAACUUCCCAUUCUGUGAGGCUUGCCUUGGAGAAUAUAACUUUAUCAGUAAUACAGAAUGUUUAUGUGGACAGUUUACAGAUAUACAUCUUUAUAAAAGACAAACUGGCUGCCAGAUAGCUACUAGGUUACCAAAAUCAGAACUAAAGCACUUGUCACUUUGUAAAUGCAAUUGUGAUUCUAGUAAAGAAAUAAACAAGAGUACUACAAGUGGAAUUCUGAGAGCUGAAAAUCAAAGAGUUCCAUAUCUGGCUAAAAGUAAUGACAGUACUAGAAGAUUAAUGGAGGCACUUUGCCUAGAGUUGAGAUCAGCUAACUUUGAGAUGAAUAAUAAAAAACUAUGCUUCAAAGUGUCUAAUCUAAAAGCAAGUAUUUCAGCUUCACUGGCUCAGAAUGACGGAUACACUGUAAAGGCUUUUCAUAGAAUACCACAGAGUUUGAGAAAGAAGCUUGUCUUGCUUCCUACUUUAUAUGGAAUAUCCACAAUUGAGAGACCUGUUUUUUCUAGGCAACAUGAUGAUACACAGCAUUUUAAUUCAAAAGAUUACUUACCAGUGAAACCCAACAAAGUACAUAAUUAUUUUCACUUCCGACUUGAAUCAGAUACUUCUGAGCUUUCAAAGAAUUUUUUAGUUACUUCUUACAGGAUAUUAGCACAAGAAGAAACUGGGUUUAAUCCUGUCUGGAAAGCUUCAAAAAGUUAUCUUGAGAGUGCUGUUACUGAUCAACAGCUGUUCUUACCUUCAUCAGAGAAUAUUGCAAAAGAAAAUACUCUCCAGCUGCAUAUCAUACCUUUUUAUCUUCUUCAGCCCUUCACAACUAUUGAUCAAGAGUUGUACAGGAAAAAAAGAAACCAGUUGAACAAUUUGGGGAGAAAACAUAGGUGGCAAGAUCAGACAAUGAAUACAAAAGAAGAAUAUGAACACAGAAAAGAUAAGGAAAGCUACCUCUGUGCAGUUUGCUUGGAUAUCUACUUCAAUCCUUACAUGUGCUACCCAUGCCAUCAUAUUUUCUGCGAACCUUGCCUACGUAUGCUUGCCAAGGAUAAUCCAACUAGCACUCCAUGUCCUCUCUGCCGUACUCCAAUUACCCACGUUUUUUUUCAAUCAGAACUGAAUAAUUCCACAGAAAGUUUAUUUCCAAUGGAAUAUUCAAAAUUAAAGGAAAAUUUUCAAAAAUCAAAUUUAGCAAAUUGGCCUCUCCCUAGUUGCAAAAAAGUAUUCAGAGUUAUUGGUGGUUUUCAGAGUACAGACUCCUUUACACGAAGGCAUUUUCCACAUGCUGCUCACAGAAUGGAUUAUAUGGAUUUUGAGGACGAUAGCCGUGGAUGGGGAUUUGACAUGGACAUGGUGAUAAUCUACAUUUAUGCCAUCAACUGGGUCUUGGGAUUUAUCAUGUUUUGUUUUCUUUGCUAUUUUUUCUUUCCUUUUUAAGGAUUUCUGUUCCCUAUUUUGUAUGUGAGCGGCAAGACAAAGAAAUAGACAAAUCUGGAUUAAAGAAUGCAGAUGUAUACAAUCUCGGGUCUCCUGUAUAACACUGAUAAAACUGCACAACAAUAAUUUACUAUGUUUUGGUUUACUAAUUUUUAUUGUAUUUUGAAGUGAAAAAAUAUUUGCAUAUUAAAAAUGUUAGAUUGCUUUUUCUAAUACUUAUUAAGAUGACCUGGUGCUUUGAGUCUAUAGUUGCAAUCUGUACAUAAACUUGGGCAGGUUCAUGAGAGUAUUCAUAAAGCAGUGAAACCACUGAUUUACUUCAACUACUACCUGUUAUGUAUAAAAUACAUAUACAAACUAUCACCUCACACUUAAUGGUUUCUGUAGAGAUAGUUCACAUAUUAAAUGCUUACGUUCAGUUAAAAUAUUUUUUCUCAUCAACUUUGGAAUUCAGUGUGAAGUUUUUCUUUAUAUCAGUGCUUAUUGCAUAUAAUGGGCAUGUUGAGUCUCAGCUUUCCACCUCUUGAAAUCAUUUCAGGAGUUUCAUGAGAGAUUUUUUAAAUAACAAAAUGUGUUAUGUACUUUAAGAUAUAUGGGAUAUGACUUGGGAAAAUUUGUUAGAGAAAUGUGUAUAGUGCCUAUGGUGGUCAGUUUUUCAGCAGAGACAAUUUAUCUUCCUUUUUAUUUGUGGAUGUCUGUCAAAUUACUCAAAAGACUCAUUGGUUUGCCUUAUUGAUCAGCAUGUUUAUGUUAAGAGCUGACAUUAAAAAAACAAAAAUCAGAAUUUCAAUUUUCUACCUAUGUAUAUAGAACCAAGAAUAAUUGAUUCAGGAAGGAAGGAAAGGAAGGAAAGAAGGAGCACUUUAUUCUAAUUUUAUCUAGUUUUAGGUCUAUAUAUUUUGCUGUUCCUAAUGUUUUGUGAUCAUCAACCCAAUUUCCCCGAAUUUGGGAAGAUGAGGAGAAAAGAGAGAGAAAAGAGAUGGCCAGAAAGAGAAACUCAGAAGCACCUUUGACCCAUGUUGCUGAAAAUGUCUGAUCCCUGACACAGAAUUCCUAUAAAUUCUGUUUGUAAGAAACGUUGAACCUCUGACCUCUUGGCUAACUAACAACCUUGACCUGGCUCUUGGAACUUUGGAUUUGGACUAUUCUUCUGUGUGCUCCUAUUGAAAACUAACUCUACAAGUUAGCUUCUGUUUUGUUUACAUUCUUAGUUUGCUGUUUUUCUCUUCAGCCUUGAAGUAAAAUUGCUAAUCUCCAUAGCAAUCACAUUUAAGUGUGUGUGAUUGAAGCCUAAAGCAAGGUGCAAGAUUACAGUCUAAUUCAAAAGUUGAAACCAGAAGUUAGUGAAAAUCAGCAGGAGUCUGCGCUACGUGGUAUACUAGGAGUGCACUUCUGGAGAAAGCCUAAGUUUAGGCUAUGACCAGAUUUUCUCCAGUAGUCAUCAACGUCUCCUUUCACUUCUGGAACAGUUUCCAUGCCCCAAAAUGCUAGAGAGUGAUACCAUUUCCAGCUGCCUUGAGUUACAUGAAGAGAAAGUAAAAGAUGAAGUUCAAUUAAGUAAUGUAUAAUUAUGCAGUAUAUUUUCUUUAAAAAAAUAUUUUACAGAUUGAAGUAAAUUGUGGAAAUACUUUUAACAGUUCGGAAUAUUCUGAAUUGGCUGUAGGAGUUGGAGAUAAGAGUCAGCCUUGAAAAUAUUAAUGAUUGAAAAUUGUACCUGCAGUUGAUUAAAUGUUGGGAUCACAUUCUUGAUUGCUAUUUUUCAUAUAUAAGUAACAAUUCUCUAAAAUUCCUGGCCUAAUUUAUUUUCAAAGAUACAGUGUAACCUUUCUAUCUGAAUAGUCAUGAUAUUAAGUAAGUUUAUCUAUGAAGUUUAUCUAUGAAUUCCCAUCUCUAAAAUACUUAUUUCUAGACUCCAAUAAAUACAGUGACUUUCUCAAAUGUCUGAAUCCAGAAGAUUGGAUAUAUACUAUAAUCAUAAUCAGUAUAAAAAGUUAUUAAAUUAUAAUGGCAAGAAAUGACUUUUGGAUUCAGGUAUAUGUUACUGAACAACUGGGAAUAUUACUUCAAAAUUGAGAAAAGCCAGAAAUUUUAGCAGUAGAAAUGGAAACAGUAUUAAUUUAUUUUUAAUUCUGUAAUUCUUUGUAAAUACAAUUCUGAAAUAUUUAGGUUUAAGUCUGUUUGUUAAGUAAACUAUAAUGAAUAUUAUGCUGUUGAUAUCCUAGUAAGCUUCUGAGACUUGGUUUAAUUUUUGGAAUAUUUUUUACCUAGGUUGUAUAUUUUUAUCUAUAAUGUUACGGUGCUCAUAGUAACUUUUAAAUUUUAAUCACCAUUAAGAGUGUUAUUGUAUGUUUGGAACAAUUAAACUAAGGUUUUUUUGUAAAUAUAUAGUGUUAACUUUCAUUUUUUUAUGCACAGAGAACUAAAGGAGGUGCUUUUCAUAUAAAGUGAAAAGAUUUAAUGAUAUGCAAGCUCUGAAAUUAAGGAGUUCAACAAACUUUAAUUAUAAAUUUCCCAUUGGAUAUCUGCUUUGCAGCACUAAUCCAAUAACAUCAAUACAUAGCAAUUAUUAUAGUGCAAUACUCAUUAACAUUUUUUUUUCUGUUCAACCAUAUCUGAUUCUCAGAGACUGCCAGUGCAUCUCUAUGUGUGUGUAUAGACGUGUGUGUGUGUGUGUGUGUGUGUGUGUGUGUAGAGGGAUAUGCUUUCAUUGAGACUGUAUUAGAGAGUUAGUUUGUAGCGUGUUCUGGUUAUUGUUGGAUAGAAUUUUGAACUGCACCCAAUGUUGAUCUUCCAUUAUUAGAUUAUAAUUAUUGAACAAACAUAAUUCAUAAAUAAGUUCUCAUUAUCACAUAUAUACAAACUCACAUGUGCAUAAAUGUAUGACUAAUAGUGAAAUAGUUGAACAGUAAAUAUAAUAAAAUAAAAUAAAAUAAUAAAAUGGCAUGCAUGAAAUAACAUAAUACACUGUUGAUUUUUUGCAAUUUUGGAAAUGACAACCUUUGAUUCCCAAGUGGGGUUUAUCAUCUUAGAUCUUACAUUCAAAUUUACAACCAAUGGAAUAUCAUUAGCUUGGCAAGCCUCACAGUGGCAAACACUGGAAAAUUAGUAAUUCAGGCCAAAACAGAAAAACUUAGAAAGGUGAUUAUUCACUUUAUGAAGAGAAAAUAGCUUGUUGGGAUACGUGCCCUCUAGCAUGUGAAAACUAACUCAGUAUUUUUCAAUAUGCUAACCUAAAAAUACAAAUAUUUAUAAAAAGGAGAAAUUACCUAAAUAUCCAAAUAUGAUGUAGAAAAUGUUACUACAAAAAAAUCGGCUUUGAAAAGUAGGCCAGGAAACACAAGAAUGCUUGUGAAAAUGUAGCAAAAUGGCAGAACUGAUCAAAUUAAACAAUAUAGAGUAACUAGAUGAAAAGAAGAACAAAUGUAGAUGAUUCAUAUCUGGCCUGUUCAAGGCAAUCAAAAAGAGUUGCAUGAUCAGAGUAUGCUCUCAUAUUUUAGAAAGUUUUUUGGGGGGGAAUCACAUUAUACAGUCAAAUAUAUCAAGCUCUGCCAGCAUAAUUAAGAUAAUUGUUAUCCUGAGAAAACCAGCAAGCUAGUUUCUGGACAACAAUCUGAUCAUUAUGAGAAAAGAUUGAAGAUACCCACAGUACUUUUUGGAAGAGAUUUGCCAUUGCCUUAUUCCUGGGGUUAAGAGAUAGCAACUGGUCUGACAUCACCCAGAUGACUUCAUGCCUAAAAUAGAAUUAAAACACAAAGUUUCUAGCCUGGUGCCUUAACCAUUUUGCCACUUAUUAGAAACAAAAAACAAUAUUGUUGACAAUGUAUGAUGUAUAAUUGAAUUGACACUCAGCUGAGCCCAGCAAGAUUGGUGUGAACUGAUUUUUAGUAAUAUUGUCUUUAGUUUAACCAGAUAAACCUAGUUUAGUAUAGCCAGAUUAGAUAGGUGUUGCUAUCUCACAUGAUUUCUGUCCCAGAUAACAGAAAAAAUCUAGAGUUUUUAUAUCUCUCUGCUCCUUUAUCUAGAUUUUUGAAGACUAGAACUUGUAGCCAUACAUAUGAUAUCUGAUUGAUGUUUUUGAACAUGUUAAUUUUUUCAAAGGAGAUUCAACCUUUGAUGAAAAAGAAUAAACAUAAAAAAGAGCAUCGGCAAUAGUCAGAAUAUAAAAAUGCAUUUAUAAACCACAGUAUCAGAGAACAUAGUAAUCAGAGAACUAGUAGUCCAUAAUUUAUUACAGCUGCAAUAGCAACCAUAAAGAACAUCUAUCAAACACUUACUCAGCCCAAUGUUAGCUGACAACAAGAAAGCUCUUUCAACAAGAAAGAGCAGUUGUAUCACAACCUGCACCAUUUACAUUAGUGUGUAAAUUUUAAAGGCGAUAAAAGUAGGGCAAAACUAGUAAAUCUUAAUAAAAUAAUAUUCAGGGAGUCAAAAGAAACAUUCAAAUGACUGUUUCAAGUCCCUUGAACAAUAGUUAUCUUGCUACAUCUCUAAAAUUUGCACGGUAGACUUUUAUCAAUAUCUUUGAGAAUGCUAGUUAUGGGCUUAUAACUCAAAUCUAUGUAAAGGAAUUUGGAGCUGACUCUGGGUAUACGGAAAGUACAAACAAGCUGUUAAGAGAAUGGGAUGAAAGACCCACAAGAUAGGAGCUUCAGAAAAGUUUACAUAGUCCUGAGAAUGAGAUGAUGCAUGAGAAAUAAAUUCAAAAUAAUCCUGUCUUGAUUUGUUUGAUAUAAGAUGGAACAAAGAGAAACUUGGAAGAGUUUUGUGAUGGCUUCUCCUGACGCCUGCUCAGAAGAGGAAGAGCCAACUCCAGGGAUUUCAGAGGAGGGCAUGGGGGAAUAUCAGAAAGAUGUCGAGGUCUCUGAGCAGGGAGUGAAUGGGCCAGAGGAAGAGGAGAGGCCAGGAAUCUCAAAGGGGCUGUCGGGAACAACUGGAUGAGCACCUGGUUGAAGAAAAAAGGGGAGAGAUGCAGGUGCAGCUGGGAAGCUCAGGGAUCCAGUCAGAAGCACAGGGCGGAGAAGUAAUGCAGCUGCAGCUGGUCAGUGAGAUACAGUGUCCUCCUCCAUCAAAUCCCAGGAUGCAUGGGGUCAAAGGGAGGCAGGCACAACAGAGGUCAGCAAGGCUACUUGUGAGGAGGCAGCCUUGCCCCUCCUACUGAUUUACAGUGGCUUACACCUACUUAGCCUGAGAGUGGAACAGCGCAAUGCUGGAAACAACAGUUCCAAUUUCUUAUUGUGUCUAUGUUCUGGCUUGGAUUCCUAUCUUGUUUCUUGAUUGCACUCAGACUCUGGACUUGUGAGUGGAUUCUGACUUGUACCUUGGAUUUGGAUAUCAUGCCUUUGGACUCAUGCCUAGACGAUUUGGUAUUUUGAUUGGUUGACUUCGUACAGGAUUUUGUUUUAUUGAAACUUGGGGAGGGGGGCUAUUUGCAGGCAAGUUUAGUGUAAAAUAAUGGGGAAAUAACAUUAGGAGCUGGUGGUGUUUAAAUAAAGCCCUUCAACUCUGUGUGUGUUUGUGUUUGUGUGGUCUAGAGCACACAGUUUUCAAGAUUCUGACAUUCUACUUUACUACAAUAAAGAGCAUUUCCAGAGUCCCCAUGGUGGCUGCUUUUUUGACCUUGAGAAUCUUAAGAAAAAUCCUGACACUUUUCAUGAUUCGAGCAAUCAGUCUUUCAACCAGAAUAAAACAGCUGGAAGUGGAAAUACUAACAGUGCUUAGGUGGAAAGAAUUCUAGUGAAAAAUCCAUUUUGUAUUUUGACAAAAGCUUCAGAUCCUGCCGAUAUCUGUGUUUCUAUUCUUGCAUUGACUCAUUGCUAAUUAUUAAAGGACCCAAGAUUGUCUACUCAGCCUGGUGCUUUGGAUGGGAUAAGCUCUCAUUAGAAUUUAAGACUGUUUUACAACGUUGAAUUUGAUCACCAAGAGUAAGUAAAGAUAUAUGCAAAUUGAAUCCUGGAAGCAGAUCCUUAAAACUGUACAGGACAAUUUGCAUAUUCUGAUGUAUAUUUGCGGCACGUUGUUAGAUACGUUAAUCUAAAUAUUUCACUGAUGAAAUGUUUCCUAUUAUAUAAAAAUUACUAUGGUUUUUUAGUUUUAACAUUAUGGGUUAAAAUGGUUAAAAUACUUCUGUUUAUGUGUGCUGAAUUGAAUAUUAGAAAUACACUUUUAGCUACAAUUUUGGGCACAAAUUAAAUCCAUCUGCUUAGAUUGGCUGGAUUCCAAUGAUUGCAUAGUUUAUCCUUGGAAGUGAAUACAUAUUUUAAUUAGCAUAGUUGUUGAUUAUGGUCCAUAUUCUGUUUUAUUUAUUCUGUUCUGCUACCUUAGUUUCAAUUAAAUAUUUCUUCUUCUGUGAUAUAUUAGAUUUUGUUUACUGUUAGUUAAGGUCUGUUUCUAUCCUGCAAAUAAAUUCAACUAUAGUGACUUCCAUUUAUACUCCUUCUACAAUUGUCAUCAUAAAAGAUAACACUGUUGAAGGAAUCAUGGUUAUAUCAUGAGAAUACUGUAAGGAAGUUGCAUGUCAUACUAGUAUCAUCGAAUCCUCUAUCUUUGGAGAAUUUUAAAUGAUGUGAAUUCAUUAACUCAUUAAAAAUAGAUUGCAUUCCUUCCACCAAAAACUGGUUAUCUCUAAGCUCAAUUUUCCAAGCUUCUAACAAUUUGCUUCUCACUCCGAAGGAAAGAAACCAUGAUGAAAAUAAUUAAAAGGUGAUGUGCUAAAUAUAUUCAGUGUAAAAAAAGUAUCCCAAAAACAUGACAUAAUUUUCCAAAAAUGAAAUUAUAAUUAAUGGAUAUUCUAAUGAGAAAAUUAUUUGAUAACACAGAUAAUAGAAUUUAAGAAUUAAAAGACAAUCUUAUGCUCGAAAAUUUUAGUUUGAGAUCUUCAAUAAAUAUAUCUUCAAACCAGUCAUCCACUAGUUUCUAAACUUAUUUUACAGGAUAAAUUAACUGGGUUGUGAGGCAGACUAAAUUAUAUUUAGUCUGUAUAUUAUAGUUUUGAAGAAGUAUCAACAGUUUACAAGGUGUGCUGUUGCUGAGCAGAUGGAUACUGAGAAGAUCCAGUUAAAGGACGCUAUCUGAAUGAGACCAAAGACCUCAGACCUAUUAGAAAUUAAAUGAAAAAAAAAAUAUUAUGAGUGCAUUUUAAAACUGGAGCUAUUGUUGCAGUUAGUUCUGAUCUAUUUAAGCAGGUUAAGUUGAAGAUUAUGCAGUCAAUGGGCUCAAUAAAAGAUUUUUAAAAAAUCUCUACCAGAUAAAACAGGAAACUUCUCGGUUUUAAAUCAUCAGCUGAUUUGAAAUGUAAAUGAAUUAUUUUUAUAAUCUAAAUAUUUUUUGUUUCUUACUUGGCCUUUGGGAAAGAUUAUUUAAUGAAUCAUUGCUUUUGGUCUGACAGUUUCUAAAGAUUCAGAUUGGACUUAUAAUUCAGCCAUACAACUGAAAUUGUACUAGAAUCUUUACUGACAGCCUUUGUCUCAAACCUAGUGGUAAAAAAUAUAAACUUCUGAUCUCAGCAACUUUUUUAAAAAAAGAAACGUGAAUGGACAAAGAGGAGAGACUGAGAAAGUGGUGACUCGGUGGAAUUAAUGAGAUCCUCUGAAAGGGGGUGAAAAUUUAAAGAAAAGACCAUUUACAGGGCAGGAUGUGGCCACAAUGCAAGCAAAGAUUAUUUGAAAGUAUAGAGAGGAAUGGAAAGAACUAGUGAAUGGAAAUUGACUAAACCCAUUUUUUCCUUCUACUUUUCUUUCAUUUCUUCUGUCUCCUUUGUUGUGCUCUGCAUUGUGUUGCUUACCCAGAAGGGGAAUAGGUAAUGGGCAUGUACUAUAUAUGACAUUUUUAAUCCUAUUGAAAGACAUAUUAUUUUAUCAUAUAACGUAACAAAUCUAGCAUGAAUAGCCAUUAAUCUGUUCAUUUGGGACUCUCUAUGACAAUACUCUUGGAAAAAUCAGUGUCUCUGUCAAGAUAUGUUUGUAUCUCAUCAACUGAACUGAUGUCAUCAUAAAUUGCUCCUAAAUAUGCUAGGAUGAUUUAGGGUUUUUUAAAAAGACCAGCUUCGUUCAUCCUGAUGUCUUGAUUUUCAGAACUGUAUAAAACCAUUUUAUAUUACCUAUUAAGCACCUGGAAAAUAUUCAGACGUUUUGAAUAUUAUAAAGUCUUUUGGCAUGUUUGAUAUGGAAUCCUUCUUUAGUUGUUUAUUUCCACAACAAAUAAAUAAUUAUCUGAACCAGUAUUAGGCUGCCGAUACUCAGUUAAGUAAAAUUUACCAAGUAAAUCAAGUUUUGAUAAUAAUUGUGUGCCUUUGAAAACUUCCAAGCUAGUCAUUGUUAUGGAAAGAUCUGCACAAAUGAUUAAACAUGGACAACAUGUAAUGAAAAAUAAAUGCUUGUUAUAA